UGGUGUCGCUGUUCAGAAGGAGCGCUGCUCCUGUUUGAUUGGAGGAAGUAAUACAACAACAAAGAAAGAUGGCCGAAGUCAUAGAACUCCAGAAGCUGAAGCUUGCUGAACUGAGGCAGGAGUGUGAGGCCCGAGGUCUGGACACAAAAGGAAACAAGGGGGAGCUCAUCACUCGACUGCAAACCUAUCUGGAGGAGCAUGGUGAGGAGGAAGACGUGGACGUUGAUGAUGUGCUGGCAGAGGACACAGAGGACUUCACUAAGGUUGAGACUGCCAACAACGUAAAAGUCAGCAAGGAUUCUGACCCUGAGUGUGAGACACCUACUGAAAAGAAGGUGGUGAAAAUAACUCCUCCGUCAUCUGCCAGUGAGGUAAAUACUGACAAAAGAGAGACUCCUAUCAGUGAUCCAGAUAACACCAUCCCAAGGAUCAAUCAAUGCCCUGACUCUAGACUACAGAAGAGAGCCGAACGUUUCAACUUGCCUGCAUCAGCUGAGAGCAAGAAGGCCAUACGUGCGGCAAGGUUUGGUUUACCCACGGAUGCUUCCAGUCCCUCUCCAGGUCUCGUCGCGAACAGUAAAUCUGCUGUGAACGUCGAUCAGCUGAAGAAGAGAGCGGAAAGAUUUGGCAUGAACGUUUCAUCCAUUUCACAAAAGAUGGAAGAGGAUGAAAAGCUGAAAAAAAGGAAGGAGAGGUUUGGGAUCUUAACAAGCGCAGGUUCAGGUGGAGCAGACGAUAUUGAGGCAAAGAAAGUGAAGCGCGCUGAACGAUUCGGGAAAGUGUAAAUAACAAUGUUUUAGAGUUUGCUUUUUUUGUAAAGCAUUUUCAUGACUGUACAACAGGGAUUCCCAAAGACAACAAAUGUCACUAAUAGGGUUCCUGUAAAUUAAAAGUGCAGUUAAAUACAAAGACAAAUGGGUGAGUUGGAUCAUUACAUAAAUGGUUUGGAAAACAAAGAGAGAAAAAGUUAUUUACUGGGUCUCAAAUUAGUAGAUAUUAUAAAUCUGAAAAAACCUUUGAUUUGUCUGUUUUUCAUAUUUAUUAUUUCUUGGAGAAUCUUUUUCUCAGUCCUCCAUUUUUUUAAACAAUAAAUUUAAUUUCCCUGCUUUUUAUUAUCCGAGUUAUUGGGCUGUGGGCAGAAUGAGUUCCUGUUUCACUCAUCAUUUCCAGCGUUAGUCGAGUCUUUAUGGAACAACUUCCUCCAGCUGCUUCAUAAUAAAAUUCUUCCAGCUGUUCGGGGGGAGGAUAUGUUCUCCAGGUCUCAGGUAUUAAGUUACUAUAUGAUCCUAAAAUAAAAUACAGCAUAAAACCACUUAAAAUUCAGCAGGUAAAACAGAAUAUGCAAGCAAAUGUGUAAUUUAUCAGGACUGAGAAAAACAAAAAUUGAGCAUUAAAACUAUCCUGCUCAUAAUUGGAAGUAAAGUCUGUUUUUAAUGCAGUUAAAUAUUCUGAUUCUAUUUAAAUGAUGUAACUCACUUAUCUGUAUUCACUGUGUGUGUUUAAUUGUGCUUUUGAUUUAUCAGAUAACCUGUUAUUUUCUUGUUUUCUUUUUGGGAUUCCAUUGGUACACUGCUUCAGUUAUCUGUCCAUUUUCUAACAUUUUGUGAUUUAAAAUAAAUUGUUUUUGAUUUUU